GCCGACGCCAAGAAGAUCUGCGAGCGGUCUGUGCUUGUCAAGGCCAUCCUCGAGGUUUGGGCCGAGGGCAGCACCUGGGAAGAGGUGGUGGAGGCUUGCCUCGCUCAAGGCCCAGACGUCCGAAGGCAGCGCCGCCAGUACUUGGCACCGCCCACGACCAUUUGCUUACGCGUGGAAGCUUUCGGCAAAACGCUGACCGUGGAGGAGAAGAGGGCGACAAUGGAGACGCUGCGUCCACUCUUCGACGGUGAUGAGGUGGUUGACCUCCGGGCCCCAGACACGAUGAUGUGGGUGUUGGAGGACUCCUGCAAAGCUGGCCACCACAGGAGCACUCCCACCGGAGCGACGAGAAGACACACCUGGGAAAGCGAACACGGCCGCCUCGACGAGUGUUUCUGGGGCGGCAGGUUGCUGGUGGGCGCAGCACGGACAAGAAGCGGCAGAGUGGUGAGAAGUGCUUCUUCCACCGCUACGACCUCUCCCAGCGCGCUGUGCUCGGCCCUACCACGCUGGACAACGAGCUGGCCUUCAUCAUGGCAAACUGCGCUGGUGUCCGGCCCCAGCAGCUAG